AUGGUCCGGGAUAUUUUUCGCGACUCGACCAUUGGCCAAGCUAUCAACCACAUAUCCAACGGCCGUAUCUUUCCCUACGCUGAGCAGCGGCCCGCUUUUCAGGUGCCUUUACAUUUUUUACCCGUGAAACCACCUUCGACCAUAUUGUCUCCCGAUUCCGACGCGAUAACGCUGUGCAAUGCGGAAACGCCCAGAGACACAAUGCCUCGGGUGGAACUCACGAGGGAGUCGACUUUGGCUGUGGAUGUUGAGGCGGAGAAGCAUUGGGAUUCUUGUACUGUAGGAUGGUACAGUGACGACGACCAAGAUAAUCCGAGAAACUGGUCCCCAGCAAAACGCGCAUUUGUCGCAUUCUGUAUCAGUUUCCUGACCUUUAGUGUGUACAUUGGCUCAGCCAUCUACACUCCGUCUAUUCCCGGAUUGAUGAUCGACUUCAACGUCUCCCAGACCACGGCUACGCUGGGUCUCACGCUGUACGUUCUAGCAUACGGCAUUGGACCCAUGUUUUUGGCGCCCCUGCAAGAAAUUCCCAGUAUAGGUCGAAACCUGGUCUAUAUGGCCACACUAUUCUUGUUCAUCAUCUUCCAGAUACCUAUCGUUAUGGCAAAAAACAUGAGCACUGUCCUAGCGUUUCGCUUCCUUACUGGGUUCGUGAGCAGCCCUGCACUCGCUACGGGAGGUGCUUCCAUGACUGAUAUCUACCCUGUGAACCACAUCUCGUACGUGCUGGGUAUCUGGGCACUUGGAGGGGUUGCUGGUCCCAUCCUUGGCCCAGUUAUUGGAGGGUUUGCAGCUCAGGCGAAUGGAUGGCGAUGGCCUCAGUAUGAACUUAUCUGGAUAGUCAGCUUCGCCCUGAUCUUCCUUCUUCUCCUUCUCCCUGAGACUUACGGGCCUACGAUCUUGUUGAAACGAGCACGGCGGCUGAGGAAGUUGACGAGAAAUCAACAACUGCGAUCUCAGAGUGAGAAGGAUUUAGAGGGGGAGUCAUUUACGGCGGUGAUGAAGGAGGCCCUCAUUCGUCCCUUCAUCUUGGCCAAAGAGCCUGUGUUGAUGUUUUCCAAUCUUUACAUUGGCUUUGUUUAUGCUAUAUUUUAUUUGUGGUUCGAGGCAUUUCCGUUGGUCUUUACAGAUAUCUACCACUUUCGCCUUGGUAUCAGCGACCUGCCCUUUCUUGGGUUCAUCGUUUCUGCUGCGAUUACUUACGCUGUAUAUGUCAUCUACCUAAAAUACCGCAUCGCACCCCUUUUCGCAAAAGCUCGCACCACAGGAGUCGAUGUCUUGCCUGAGAUUCAUCUCGAGAUCGGACUCAUGGCUAGUAUCUUUAUCCCGACGAGUCUCCUCAUCUUUGGGUUCACAGCAAAGGAGAGCAUCCACUGGAUCUUCCCUGUUAUCGGGGCUGCCCUUUACCACCCUGGCAUCUACUUUAGCUUCCAGAGUAUCCUGACGUAUGUGACGUGUGCAUAUCCUGCGUAUGCUGCAUCGGUUCUCGCGGGAAAUACUCUCUUUCGCUCGACGGUUGCCAGUGUCUUUCCGUUGUUUGGCCGUGCAUUCUUUCUUAACCUUGGUCUGGGCCCGGGAUCCGCUCUUUUGGCUGGUAUCUCCUUCUUGCUCAUACCGGUGUUCUGGUCGCUGUGGAAAUGGGGCCCUGUGUUACGGAGGCGAUCGGUAUAUGCCUUUAGCUCAUGA